GCGGCCACAAGAUGGCGGCGGACGUGGCGGAGGCGCUGGCGCUGCUGGCGGCGCUGCGGGACCAGGCUGCCGCCGUCACGGCGCAUGCGCGGACGCUGCUGCGGCGGGUGCGGGAGGGGCAGUUCCGCACCGAGCAGGGCCUGUCGCUGCUGGAGCUCCGCCCCCAGCUGCUGCUGCUCUACCUGCAGGACCUGGCGCUGCUGGCGGGGGCCAAGGUGGGCGGGGCCUCGCUGGGGGCGGCCCCGGCCCUGCCCCGCCUCCUGGAGACCCGCGUGGUGCUGGAGAAGAUGCGGCCGCUGGAGCAGCGGCUCAAGCACCAGGUGGAGAAACUGCUGCGGGCGGCGGCCGCCGGGGCCGCAGGUGACAACGACCCGCUGCGCUUCCGCCCCGCCCCUGGCAACCUGGUGACACGGCAGGAGGAAGAGGAGGAGGAGGAAGAGGAGGAAGGAGCAGGGGGCCCAAAGGCGCCGGGCCUGGGCGGGGGGCGCAGAUACGUCCCCCCCCGCCUGGUGCCGGUGCAGUACGAGGAGGCGGGGGCGGCGCGGGCGGCGCGGGCGCAGGAGCGGCUCCGGCGGCGGGCGCUGAGCAGCGCGGUGCUGCGGGAGCUGCGCGAGGAGCUGAGCGAGGGCCCCGAGGAGCUGCCCGGGGGGCCGCAGCCCCACGGCGGGCGGCUGCUGCGCGAGAGGACGCGCUACGAGGAGGCCAUGCUGGUGCGGCUGGGCGAGAGCCGGCGGGAGCGGGGCCGGCGGCGGGCGGCGGCGGCGGCGGGCGAGCGCCUCGACGCCAUCACCCGCUUCGGCGCCGCCGGCGCCCUCCUGGCCCCCGGCGAGCAGGAGGCGCCGCCGAGGAAGAGGAAGAAGCUGCCGGCGAGGAGAAAGAAGGCGGGUUUCCGCCGGCGACGCUGAUCUCACCCCACUGCGCUAUGGGGCACGAGCCAAUAAACCCCCCCCCCCCAAACGCCCCCA